AUGGAGGCGAGACGUGGCGAGGUGAGGCGAGGUGAGGCGAGACGAGACGAGGCGAGGCCAGAAAAAGAGGGAAGGAAACAAAGAGAAGAGAAGGAAAGAGAAAAGGAGGUAGAGGACGAGAAAGGAAAGGAGAAGUUUAGGUAUCACGAGAAGCGGCGGCAUCACGGAACGGCGCGACGCGACGCGGAGGGUCGAGGGAAGAAAAGAGGCCGAGGCGGGAGAUCGGAGAUCCGAAAGCUCGGAGGAAAUACGCAGGCACGGCAGACGCGCGACGGCGAGAUAUCAAGAAGACGGUCGGUACAGGACGUGUGCGCUUUAUCACGAAGGGAAAACCAAGGUCGCGGCUACUAUCAUGGACUACCGAAAGUGAAGCGUAUCGAUUAGAAGAGCGAGCAUAACGCAAUCAAAUGUCAAACGUAACACACCGUGCGCUCGAGUCGGCGACUUAUCCUCGAUAGAAACAGAGAGAUUGGGAAGGAGGAAAAGAGAAAAAGAGAGAAAGGGGCCCCAGUACCUCUCGGGUCUCCUGCGAUAGAAUCCGUGGUCCCAAUUGGAGCAUGCUAGGCAGAUUGCAGUUGCACGCGUAGCACCGUUACGUUUUCUAUGCAAUAAUCGUCGUUGUGCCGUAACAUAUCGCCGCUCGUGAUUUUUUAUCAAGUUUAUCCUUCCUUUCCUCGCUCUCUCGAUAUCAAUCGACCGCCCCGUAUCUCCUGCCCACCCUGCACACACACACACACGUACAAAUAAAACACAAACGCAUACACACACACACACACACAACACACA